GCGGGGUGGGACGGGGCGAGGGGCAGGGACUGGGGGUCCCCUCCGAGGGGCUGCGGAGUGCGACACGCACGCCACCCCACCCCCCCCCAGCCCGCUUCCCUUCCCCUCCCCUCAGGGCCCCGGCCCGCCGAGGCAGCGCCGCGCGAGUGGCAGCCUGGCGCUUUGCUUUGGUUAAAUAAGUGCACGGUGUCCUCAGUGGUGGGCCUUCGGGGAGAACUUGGAGGCAGGGUGUUUUUUUCUUUUCUGCGGGUGACAGUGGCACAUAUACUCCAAACCUGCUGUUUCUUAACCAUUCUUACGGUGGGAGGUUGAGCGCCUUGGUUAUCCUUUCUAAGGGGUUAGGCAUGAUCCAGACACAGUUGGACAGUGUAAUAUCUCUUCAUUUGUGUCAGUGAUCUGGAUGCAGCUGCUGUUACCAAGUUUGCUGAUGAUACCAAACUGGGAGGUGCUUUUGAGCCUCUUGAGGGACAAGAGGCCUUACAGAGGCAUCUAGAUAGAUUGGAGCACUGGGCAAUCAUUAAUGGCAUGAAAUUUAAUAAGAACAAAUUCCGUAUUCUGUGCUUGGGAUGGAGUAAUGCUGGGCAUGAGUACACACUGGGAGAGGAGUGGCUGGCGAUCAGCCCUGCAGAAAGGGACGUGGGGGUGCUGGCCGACAUGGGGCUCAGUGUGAGCCAGCGGUGUGCCCUGGCAGCCCAGAGGGCAAACCGCACCCUGGGGUGCAUCAAACACGGCGUAACCAGCCGGUCAGAAGAGGUGAUUAUCCCGCUGUGUUCAGCGCUGGUGCGGCCUUGGCUUGAGCACUGUGUGCACUUCUGGGCCCUGUGAUUAAAGAAAGAUGAGAAGGUCCUUGAUUGCGUCCAAAGGAGAGCAACAAAGCUGGUGAAGGCAUGUCCUAUGAGGAGCCGCUAACAAUUUUGAGUUUGGAGAGAAGGAGGCUGAGGUAUGAUCUCAUUGCUUCCUACAGCUUCCUGAGGAGAGCAAGUGGAGAAGGAGGUGCUGAGCUCUUCUCGCUGAGAUCCAGUGGAAAUUCACUCUCUUAACUUAAAAGAAAAUGUCUACAUCUAACAUUGCAGAAAGAGUGGAGUCCUGGCUUUUAUCCAGAUGGCAUGUUAAAGUUCCUUUGAUGUGGCUGGACGCAUGUAUUGAUUGGAUCCACAAAGAAAAUAAUAGUAGUAAUUUAAGUCAAGAUCAGAUUAACAGGCAAGUAUUUGAGCAAUGGCUUCUUACCGAUCUAAGAGAUUUGGAAUAUCCCGUUUUGCCUGCCUACAUUUUAGAUACUCCCAGAGGAGUGUUGUCAGGCUUCUACUCCAUACAGAUUGAUUCACUGGUUGAUGUUAGCCAGCCAGUAUAUUCCCAGUUGCAGAAGCUAAGAGGGAAAAAUACCGUAAAUGAAGAAGUAACAGCCAGUACUCAGGCAUUCCAGAAGCCCUGGGAAGCAAAGCCUACUCGAAUGCUGAUGCUGCAACUAACUGAUGGGGUACAUCAAAUUCAGGGCAUAGAGUAUCAACCAGUGCCUGCCUUCCACAGUAAUCUUCCUCCUGGAACAAAAAUCACUCUACAGGGUGAUGUUUCAUAUGGUCUUGGAGUCCUUCUGCUUAAAGUAGAAAAUGUGAAACUCUUGGGGGGUGAAGUGGAUACUCUUAUGGAGGGUUAUUCUCAGGAAAGAGUCCUUGCUAGAUUAAUUGGAGAAACUGAAAACCCUAAUUCUGUUGGACAAGCUGGUCAUGACCAAAUUAUUUCAAGGCCUGUGGAUGCAUUAGAACAAACCCUGGGCCCUUCAGAUGAAGAGCUUUUAGCCAGUCUUGAUGAAAAUAAUGAAUUUGCUUUAAACAAUGAAACAUCUUUGGAAAGUGGAUACUGCAGUAGAAGCAACAAUUUUAGUACGGUCUCAGGUUCACUGACUGCACACGGUGGAAAUGUUUUGCUGCAGGAAUUUGGAAGUCCUUUGCCUCAUUCAGAUGAGCAAGUUUCACCUCCCAUGGGAUAUGUCAAUGACUUUUUAAAUUACGCUCCUUUAGAAGAUGACAUUCUUUUGGAAGAAGAGAUGCAAAAAGAGCUGGAAGAAGUGCCACCAGCGGUCAUGAACAGAAACAUAGGUUUAGUUAGCAAGAGACUUCCAUGUGUAUCUAGAAGCUCCUGUAAUUCGUCAUUAAAUGUGACUUGCAAAAAAGGUUAUGUGAAAAAAAGAGGUAAGCCUGUAAAAGCUUCCAACAAUCAAAAGGCUUUUGGAAGAAGAGUAUUUGACAGAGAUGGAAAACGCAUGAGUAGGCUUUCACAGCACAAGAGUGUACAUGAGACCUCCAGUUCUGCAGAUUUUUCGUUGGAGAAUUUUCCUGAAGGGCAGUAUGAUACAGACCUAGAUGAGAGCAGAUGUAAAUACCAGUACACUUCUGACAGAAGGAUGUUAAAAGAUGAGCCUGUAUUUUUCUCAGAAAUGGAUCCAGAAGCACAUCAGCAGAAGUAUGGUUCACAGAACUUUGCUGGCAGAGCAGUAGAGGCACAUUUAGAUUUAGAUUCUCCACCUUUUACAUAUCUUUCCCUUCUCCUUGCAAAAAAAACAGAAACUGUUACAAUUCUGAAAGUUAAGGGGUUUAUUGUUACGCUCACUGGAAACCUCACAAGCAGCAGUGGGUCCUGGAGUAUAAAUGCAAAAAUUUCUGAUGGUUCAGCUUAUCUUGAAGUAGAUUUUGCUGCUGAUAUUCUAACAAGUUUGAUUGGCUUUUCAGUGCCUGAAGUUAGUAGGCUGAAAAAGGAUCCAGCUUUCCAGCUGAAGCUUAUGGAAGGUUUAGAGAAUUGUCAAAAAGAACUGAUAGAUCUCUGUUGUUUGAUGACUAUAGAGUUUAAUCCACUUCAUUCUAAAGCCACUGUAUUAGUUCUCCAGGAUGUUAAUGGAAGGCAUCUAGAACAGUUGAAGAAACGUUUGAAGAAAUAAAGUGUGCAAAUUUACAGACUGUAUAUUAGAAAACAUUUAAGUCAGAUGUCCUCUGAAGGACUGCUGAAAGUUAAAUUUUGAAGUUAAGUUUUAUGUCUGUUCUCUUAUCAGCAAAAAUAAUGGAGAAGUGAGAGGAGGGAAAUGACUUGUUGGAGCAAAACUUAGUUUGUUUCUUAUCAUGGUAGUAUUGAAAAAAAGUUUCAAAUAUUUCUGUCUUGAUUUAAAAUACUCAUGUAUCAUUUUCAUUCUGCAAUAAUCCUCUGUGUCCUUGACAAGUGAUCUAGAGUAGCAGAAUUUGUCAGAAAACGGAUAACAAUGAACAAACCAUCUUGUUGUUAUACUUUUUCAAGGUAGCUGUAGAAGACUCUCAGCCUUGUCUUGGAGGAAAGCAGUUGAGUAAACUUAGACAAAGAAUUGUUUAAAUGCAGUCACUUCUGACUAUGCCAACCUGAAAACUCAAAUAUUUGGUGUGGAAGAACCUAAAGUAUAGAGAAAUGAAAGAUUUUCUUCUAAAUGUUCGGGGGAGAGAGAGUGAACAACCCUAUACAUACAUACAUAAGAUUAAAA